AGAAUCUCUUUCUCCGUUGGCUGCUUCUUCUUCUUCUUCUUUGGCCCCCGUUUCUCCGUUAACAGUCGCGCAGGCGAAAGUGAGUGAGUGGGUCAGUGACAGAUCGGCGAGCGAGCGAGCGAUGGGUCUGCUUCACAAUCUCUGGGACGAGACGGUCGCGGGCCCCGCGCCCGAGGCCGGUCUCGAGGAGCUCCCGGAGCACCGCUCCGCCGCCGCGGCCGGGCGGUCGGCCGAGGCGGCGGCGGCGGCGGCGGCGGCGGUUCUUCCCCGAGGCGCCGGCCUCGUCAGUCGAAGGAUCACCUUCGUCAGGACCGGGACGCUGGGCGGGGCGGUCGGCUGGGAUUCGGUUCCGGAGACUCCCGCCACGUCCUGUAGUGACCCGGGAACUGCCCCAUCUCCCGGUACGCAGCAGGGGGAUUUCCAGAAGUUCACGAGGAGAAAAUCCUCUGAAGCAUUACAGAAGGCAGAGCCUAGAAGUCCUACGGCUUUCGAUUGGAUCUUGAUCAGCGCUUUGGAUCGUUGAUGGAUGGAAGCGUGGGUUGAUCUUCAUUCAAGAACGCCCUAUGGACAUCUAUCUACUAGAAGAUGUCCGUUAACGCCGGAAACAUGGAAUGAAAUGAGCUCAGAGUCUGAAGCAACCCAAUCCCCAUCAACGUUUUUGAGAUAGCCGCAUUUUUGGUCGUUAUCUUUUCUUUCAGCUGCGCCCUUUUCGCCUCUGGAUCUCCUGUACAUAGGGCUGUCCGUUUUUGAAGAUUUUUGUCUUUUUGUUUUCGGGUUCUGUAAAUGCUUCAACUCCGAAUGCUCCUCUAAUGUUAUUAAGUGGUCUGUCUAAGUUUGUAUUUCUGGCUUCAUAUCCUACUGUUUGCCUAUGGUUACUGUUCGAAAGGUCUUAUUCUGCCUCA